UGUGCAUUUCCGGCUUACCACCGAUACGGAACGAAAACAAACUGCGAUAGUAUAACUUCGCCGUUGAGUUGCGGUCAAUGACAGCAUUAUUAAUUUUUACCGGAGUAUUUCACCGACCGCUUAUUUAAAUGCAAUUUCUUUGGACUUGAGGUGUGCGGCAGUUAUAGAAAAUUACAAUGCAGUUCUCUCCCACAAACGGAGAUUUCACUUUCGUCUCUUCGACAGAGGCUGAAGAACUCAGUGGUAGCAUCAGUGCCCCGGACAUUAAACUAAACAUGGGCAGUGACAGCGGGAAAGAUCCGUACGCCACCACUUUCCUGAGGCAGCGUGGCUAUGGCUGGCUGCUGGAGGUGGAGGAGGAUGACAGUGAAGAAAACAAACCUCUUCUUGAGGAGCUGGACAUUGACCUGAAAGACAUCUAUUACAAGAUUCGGUGUGUACUGAUGCCAGUGCCAUCGCUGGGGUACAACCGGCAGGUGGUCAGAGACAACCCGGACUUCUGGGGCCCUCUGGCCGUGGUGCUGCUCUUCUCCAUGAUCUCCAUCUAUGGACAGUUCAGGGUUGUGUCUUGGAUCAUCACCAUCUGGAUAUUUGGAUCACUAACAAUUUUCCUGUUGGCCCGUGUGCUUGGUGGCGAGGUUAGGCAGCUGACACCUGUAGCCAGUGAAACUACACUCAGAAUCGGGUUUGAGGUGGUCUCUACACUAAUCAAACUCUUUGGAGUCUUCUGGGCUGCUUACAGCGCUGCUUCACUGCUUGUUGGAGAUGAAUUUAAAACAAAGAAGCCCCUGCUCAUAUAUCCCAUUUUCCUUUUGUAUAUCUACUUCUUAUCACUAUACACUGGUGUGUGACGUAUGAGUUGGAACUGUGGACCUUUCAGUGGACAUUGACCCUGGAGCAUGGGGAGGAAAAGUCAAACCGUGGAACUAGGAUUUUUUUUGGAAAAGGUGUUUCUUUCUUUCUUUCCUUUUUUUUUUAACCUCUGUUAAAUUCUAGACACUGGGGCUACUGGGAAUAUAUAUCAGUGUAUAUAGUUUUGUCCCUUUUGUCUUUGGUCAAUAAAAUAUAUAAUCUGUUCAUCUUAAACUUCGGUAUGCAGACUUCUCUUUCAGUCACCGUUGUCCUGCAUUUAUUGGAUGUUCGUAUGCUGGGGAAGAAAUCACAGAGUUGCAUAUUGGUGUAAUACUUUUGUUUUAUGCUAUCACACUGAAUGAUGUGCCAAAUAUUUGUGUUUAUAAUGUAUGUUUAUGCUGAAGGAAGCACGUGAUAAGAGAGAGAACACCACACAAAGAGACUGAUGAGCAUAAUGUCCAUUGUUAUGCACUGUAAUGUACUAUAAGAAAUGUUCAUUUAUGUUUCCUUAAUGUAUGGUUUUCAGGAGUAGAGCAGGUUGACUAAGGCAGUUGAUGAUAUAAACUAUUGUCUACUAAAUGUGGUGCCUUGUU